GAGUUGACGUGUUUGUUGUCAAAAAUCAUCUGACGGGUCGAGAGGCUGAUGGCAACUCCGUCUGGUGUUACUGAGAAACAACCCCGUUGAUCUGGCCAUUUGUUGUCCCUCGUUUAAUAAAAUGGCAGACCAACAGAAAUAUUGUGAGAAGGUGGCGAGUCUGAGCUUCCCGGCCUAUGCUGUGGUGGCUGUGACUGGCAGACAUGUUGUGGUUGGUGGUGGAGGAGGCGCCGCUAAGACUGGCAUAAGGAAUCAGUUUGAUGUGUUGGAGCUUUAUCACAAUGGGACACAGACAGUGGGUGAACGUGUCCUCUCUUAUGAUGUCGGCGAUGACUGCAUCUCCAACAUGGUCGGGUGGCCCGGAGCCAUCACUGCAGCUUCAAACAGAAUGACGGCACCGGUCAUCUCUCUCGCAGUGGGACUAGAGGAAAAGUGUAAUAUUAUGAAACUGAAGCCAAUCCUACAGACUGUUAAAAAAGAUGACCUACUCUCUCAACAAAUGCCUAAGGCAAAGGAUAAAGGUCACAGUGGAAUAAGGAGGAGGAGGAGAACAACCAGUGAACGUAGUGCAGAAGAAGGCUCAACAGAGAAGGAAGAUAUAAGAGAGGAAAAAAAGAGAAAACGAUCCCUUAAUACAACUCUUCGUGGAAAUAAAUACUUCUCUUUUGAUGUGGAGAAACUCUGCUCUACAAUCACAGUUGUUAAGAAGAAGUCUGAUGACGAGGCUUACCAGAAGUGUUGUGGAAUAUCUUCAGAUAAUAAGUUCCUGGUGACUGGCGGUACCGACGGUCACCUUAGGUUUUGGAGUAUACCAGACAUGACGAAAAUAAAAGAAAUUAAAGCACAUGAAAAAGAAGUAGAUGAUUUAAAUAUCAGACCAGAUGGCAAACAGGUAGUGUCCGUGUGCAAGCCUACUCGAGAAUGUUGUGUCUGGAACGUCAAAGAUGGCAAGAAGUUCAUCCAGGUGGCACUACAAACAAAUGGUGUAAAAUACAAAUGUUUUCGUGCCAGAUAUGGUACUGUCGAGGGAAGCCCAAGCAAGACUCGUCUUUUUACAGUCAGUAACCCUAUCGUUGGCACCAAAAAUCCUGCGAUUGUUUCCAAGUGGUGUGGUAAAGCAUACACCCAAGAACGGACCCAGAACUUAACUGGGUCAUUGAGCAGUCUUUCACUCAGUGAUGACGGCCGUUUUCUUGCAACUGGUACUAUGAGUGGGACCAUUUAUAUCUUGAUUGCCUUCAGUUUACAGCAACUGCGCAUAAUAGAAGAUGCCCAUAGUAUGUUCAUUACUGGACUAGAAUGGCUACCAACAGAAAAUAAAGAGUCACAGAUGGUGCGAGGAUUCUCUGAUGCCUCAGUUCUGUCCAUUUCUUGUGACAAUUCCCUCAAAAUUCACCACAUUCCUAGACAAGAAAUGGUGCCAGUGUGGGUGGUGGCCAUCCUUGCUGCAGUUAUAUUGUGCUGUGCAUUUCUCUUAGCCAACUUCUUAGGACUUUAGAUCAUGUAUACAAAGAUUUUUUAUUUAUUUUUUUUUCAAUAUUUUGUAAUAAAUUUGUAACUCUUCCUACAUAUAUUUACAUAUUAUAUUUUGAACUGUGUGAAAUAUUGUACUGUAAAAUCACAGUAGACUGCUACAAUGUGCUGGUCAUUUAUGCUUGGUUGUAUAAGGAAGUGCUCAGCUAAAUCUAAGUAGACCUAUUAGCAGCCUUGUACUACUUGGAGAUUUUUUUUCAGUAUUACUCUAUUGUUCUUUGUUCCUUUGACAUUAUAUAUAACCUAUGUCAAUUAAGUAUACAGUGGUCCCUCGGUUAACGAACGGUUCGAUUAACGAAAUUUCGGUUAACGAGUUACCUCCCACAAGGAUCUUCAAUUCGGUUAACGAACAAAACUUCGAUUAACGAAAUCC